AUGCAAUGCUUCCAAGCCAAAGCUGCAGCCUCCUGUAGUGCGCCCAGCACUUUGACUGAUUCGGAUAUCGCUCAUUUUGCAAGUUCUUGUGCAAAUCUUGCAUCAAGUACUCUCAGAGAUGGUCGAGCAUUUCCCGAAAUAGGCAUGCUUGCUCUCCCCAAUCAAUGCCAGUACAUCCUCUCUUUGCAGACGGCAAACAAUCGCCCGCACACACCCAAGCACAAACUCGAGCUCACGCAUACUCCUCCACCAUCCCUUGAGCAUCGCAUACCAAAACCCAUGCUCACAACGCCGCCGAAACGAAACCAAGACAAGCCAACACCAACACCUUCACAUACUCCCAAAUCACGCAGCCCCUCCACAGACCGCAGCCCCUCCACAGACUCCCCAAUCCCAAGCAUCGAACCCAUCCCACCACUCAUGCGUUUCAACCCCCGCAACCCUACAGUCCCAUGCGCAUUCUCAUCCUCAUCCUACUCUUUAUCCAUCUCCCCCUCCCCCACACCUACCUCAGACUCAAGCUCACCAGACGAUUCCUCAAUCUUUGAGCCCAUUGAUGAAGAAGAUCUUUCUGAUGGCGAAGACACGGAGAGUACUCCUGCUAUAGAAGAUGAGAGAGAGGAGAAGAUGUGGUGUUGA